UUAUUUCUGGCCUGAAAGACACGCUGCGACACAUAAAGAGACCGGAGAGCUGUGUGUUGAACAUUCACCGUGUAGUCGACUGAAACCCUUAAACGAAGCUAAACGUGGUUUGUGUCCUGAGAGCAGCUUUGCCAUCAGACACUGGGAAGCUAACAUAGCGUUAGCUGCAUACCGAACUUUGAUAGUAUCGUUUUCGUCAGGAAUAUCCAAAAGGUAGAAGCUCAUCGGUUGGAGAAAGGAAGACAGCUGGAGUUGCAGGGAUUCUAGCAUCCCUUGUCACCGUCGCCCCCUGAGAUGACAUCACAACAACCACAGCUCCCCAACGCUGUCAUUCCUCCCCAGCUUGCUCAGAACUCCUCUGCUCAGCAUGCCCGGCCUCACAUUCAGGCCAACCAGCUGGACUCAAGUCAGAGCAGUGCAAAUGCUGGGCCUCUUGAACACAGAGCUCUGGCAGGCAGACCAGGCUGCUCCGGUGUAGCAGCCGCCAGUGGGGCACUGGCCAACAGGAAUGUUUCCGCUUCCUCCACCAACUCCAGCUUGUCCAGAAGAGAUGGGGGCUUUGAGCCAUGGCCGGAGGAAGCAGUGGACAACUCCCAUGGGCUAUACUCACUCCACCGCAUGUUUGACAUAGUUGGAGCCCAGCUAACGCACCGGGAUGUCAGGGUACUGUCGUUCCUUUUUGUUGAUGUCAUUGAUGAGUAUGAGCGUGGUGGCAUCAGGAGCGGAAGAGAUUUCCUGCUGGCGCUGGAGCGCCAAGGUCGCUGUGAUGAGACCAACUUCCGGCACGUCCUCCAGCUUCUGAGGAUUAUCACCCGGCAUGACCUUUUGCCUUAUGUCACACUCAGGAAACGGCAGGCUGUGUGCCCAGAUCCUGUUGAUAAGUACCUGGAGGAGACAUCAGUACGCUACAUUUCACCCAGAGGAACAGCGCAGAGCAAGGACACUGCACCUCACAGACGAACAGGUCCACAGCCAGUUAUUUGUUGUUCCCCAUCAGGAUCACACGUUGGCCCCGCUCGAACAAAGCCAGCUCCCUCUGUACCAAACCGCAAACGAAAGAGAAGUCAUUCCUCAGCCGACUGCAGAGAGAAGCAGACAUGUGAUAUUCGCCUCCGAGUUCGGGCUGAGUAUUGCCAGCACGAGUCUGCGCUUCAAGGAAACGUCUUCUCCAACAAGCAAGAGGCCGUGGAGCGCCAGUUUGAGCGCUUCAACCAGGCCAACACUAUCCUGAAGUCCAGAGAUCUGGGCUCCAUCAUCUGUGACAUCAAGUUCUCUGAGCUGACCUACUUGGAUGCCUUCUGGAGGGACUACAUCAAUGGAUCGUUGCUAGAGGCCCUUAAAGGGGUCUUUAUCACAGAUUCCCUAAAACAGGCCGUGGGCCACGAGGCCAUAAAACUCUUGGUCAAUGUCGAUGAGGAGGACUACCAGGCUGGUCGACGCAAACUUCUCCGUAAUUUGGUCACAAGUGGAGGGAGCCCACCGGUGGGUAACAAAGACUCGGUAUCUUAGACACACCCUCCACGUGGUAGCAUACAGGAGGAACACUGCUGUGCCUCCGCCCCAGGGAAUAGGCUGAGAUGUGGUGGUGGUGGUGGUGGUCGUUUGAGGUGCCUGAAGUGCGUGCCUAAAAGGAACUGAUUAAUUUGCAGCCACCCCAUUAAUUCCCUGAGAGCUAAGAUCAUAGAAUACCUACUUGGCACCCUUAAGCAUAGCAUGCAAGGAGAUCUGGAACUACGUUAGCGAAAACAGGCGAUGCAUACAGAUUGGCAUUAUUUUGAAUGUUAAGCAGUUCAUGUUCUCGAAGGUAAAGGUAAUGCGGAUCUUAUGUGUGCAUUCAAUUUAGCUAAUUUCUGGCUUGUGGUAAGUUGGCUCAUCCAAACACCUCGGUUAACUCUAACGAUGCUCUUCACUCCUGUUCUACAGUGAAGUUAUUUUCAAUACAGGAAACACAUUGACUAGUUACUCCCAGUGGGAGUUGAACCUUAUUGUCAAACUAGCUAAUUGCUUUUCCCGGUUUUUCAGGUACAUUACAGAUUGAAUUAGCCAAUAGCAGAAUGUUCUGUAUGUUCUGGCAGACGCAGACCACAGUUGACUUACAAUUUCCUUGUCUAUUUCUUUCAGCUCUUUUCAGCUCCUUGUUGGCAAAGGUGAACUCUUUGCAAAGACGAAGCCUUUUUUUUUUUUCUUUUUUUCUGUCGACAUCAUUGUGUCUUGGCUCUCUAUAUCCUCACACGUUUCGGUACCAGCAACUGUGAUUUCUACCAUAAUUUGAAACUUCAAUUGUUCAGUCACUGCCAAUAUUUAAAAUUAAUAUUUUAUGGAUCAUUCUGACGUGUUGUAUCAUAAUCAGUGAAACACUAACUCUUCCACCGGUAUCUUAGAUCUGUUUGAAUUUGAAACUGCGUGCCACUUUCAUCGUCAGCCUGUACGUCACGUGCCCUUUCACUCAUAAUACAACACUGAACUUUUUAAAAAACAUAGAAUAAAUGUAAAUAAAUUUCAUAUAUAUGCAUAUGAAGUUUAUUUAAGCUAAUCAUCCGUAUCCCAUUCGGGGGUAUGGCCACCUGCCUGAGGUCGGGGAAACACUGAAGUAAACCCACAGUUCUCGUUUUUGUGAAGAUAUUUUACCCACUGAACUCACACGUUAAAUCAGGCAGUUUGUCGCUGUGGGGGUGCAUCAUGCCGUCUGUUGAACGACUACGUCAUUGCGUCCGUGCUCUCUAAAGGUGGUACAAGCAUGUUGGUGAAAUGAGUAUCUCCCUUCAAAGAACAGGCGUCCGUAGUAAACCAAACGGGGCAUUCGUUUUCGUUGAUGAUCCUCUCUACAAUUUAGGGCGCAAAACUAACAACGAUGAGCUUCUAGUUGGCAGAAUACCGAGUUCACAGUGUAGCCUGAAAUGCUAAUUAACCAAAAUGUGAAUUUCUGUUCAUUUCUGUAGAUCAACGGGACAUGUAGGUUAGGUGUCUGUGAGAAGCCCAUGUCGAGAGUAUUACUGAUAUUUCCUUUGUUUUGUACACUUGAUAGGAAUACCCUUCUUGUUCUUGGAACUCCCCCUCCCCUCCCCUGUACAGCCUGAAAUCUUCACGGCAUUAGCAUCGCAGGCUUGUGUUGUUUGUCUUUCCAUGAGACUUUGUGGGUUAGGACUACAGACUGCUGCUGUCUAUGCUAGGCUCAUGCUGAACUUCUUUUUGUUUUUUGUGUGUGUGUGUGUCCAGCUCUUUGUACGCCGAAGUCUCUGUGCUGGGUUCUAAAUGCAACUUUUAACGAAAAAUACGAAGGUCAGCCAACCUUGUCAACACACGAUUAUAUCAGUAUUGGAAAAUCCUCCGAAAGUCCGCGUUAUGUUUGACGAUAGCCGUCACAUUGUUGGGUCCCACAGAGAAAGAUUGUGGUCACAUUUCAAAGUAGUAAAAUGUCAACUGCAGGUCAGAGACUGUCUGAAGUCAAGACACCAACACACUCAUUCAUCAUAGCAGCCUAAGCGCUACUUCCCGCGUUGGCGCUUCAGCAUUACACACAGAAUCAUCCAUAUGGACGCAAUUCAAAGGGAUACUAGGCGGGAGCUGACUCCAGCGUCAGGAAGGUGCCAUUGCAGACUCAGAGCAGUUGUUUGGAAAUGUUUAAUACGAGCGAUAUACAGGAAUGUCAAACAUGAAGUAUUAGCAUAAUGCUGUUUUGUGAUGAGAUUAUUUUUUUGAUUUUUUUUGUAGCAGAAAUAGAUUAGAGCGUGAAUGUCGCUUCGGUAAGAACUGUCAUUUGAAACACCAGUCUCUAAUGCUAAUACAUUUUUCCUUUUUUUGUUUUUGUUUUUCGUUGUUGUUACUCGGCACACACAUAUCCAAAACCUGUGCAGGCUCGUACUCACUAGAGGAAAAUGUGUACUCAAUCAGCAAAGUAUGGUUUUAAUGCAGUUCUCUACUUUCCAUCGUAACAUUUUUACUUUUUUUUUUUUUUUUGCAUUACAAAUAUGCAUCUCUCUUUGCCAAAUCUUUGUAAUCAAAUUUUAAUUUUUAAUUAAUUCUAAAAAAUGUAUUUAAAAUCUUGUCUAGUUUUUCCAUCUGUUAGUUCAACGGUGGGCUGAAAUUCAGCGUUUUGGUUUAUGUACCCUAUUAAACAUUCUGUGUAUGUUUUUACCAAAUAUGUUCUUCCUGCUAAAAAAGAAAAAAGAAAAAAAAAAAAAGAAGAAGCUCCAUCUGAUCUCUGCUGUCAUACCAAUCAUUUUCUACAUAUCAGAACAUGCAAGUCAAGACUGACGGGCCACUGUGAAUGAUAUAGAGUAGGCCUACAUUUUCUAUUUUUACGCGAGUGGAAUUUCAUGUAAAGGUUGCAAGUUAGUAUCUAUUAUAUAGGUUGGUGUAUGUUAUGUUGAUUGUAUGUUAUAUUAGUUGUUAAAUGCAGCUUUUACGCAAAAUUGCAUGUAACCUGUUAUGAUGAAAUGUCUCAACUCACAGUGCUACCAUUUUGUAAAUAACUAUUGGGUGUCAGGUUUUCUUACUUCAAUUUUGCAUUUCUUUCAGAAAACAGACAAGUAGGACUGUUAAUAAAACGAACUGGAUGGAUUUUUGUAGGUUUCUCAAUCCCAACGAUCUUUUCACGUCACAUGACACGGCGUAUAUUUUUAAAAUAAGAAUAUAGAGGACACACUAAAACAAACAGCUCCUUAACAGAUCUCAUUACGAUAUCGCUCCGGUGAGUUUCUGAACUCGUUCCCGCUGUGUAUGGACACGUAGACUGGUCCUGGUUGUGUCUCAUUCUUCUGAUACCUUCAUUCCUUUCACUCGCUUGAUCCUGAGCUCGUCACAAUGUGGGGGAGACACGAAACGAAGGGGGGAAAUCCAGGUAAAUCCACUGACGAACUGCGAAGCACCAAGUUUAUUCUGGUCUCCAUGAAUGUUCUUGCAGAGACUUGAAUGUAAUAUAUGUUAGUGUUAACCAUCCUUUCUACCAGUAUUAUGGUGUUGCUUUAAACACAUCCACUGACUGAACUUCUAAAAGAUCAGACCUGUUGAUUUGUUGACCAAUAAAACUAAACUUUUCUGUG